UUGGUAUUUUUCGAAGAUAGGACAUGGUUUUUUUUUGUUUUUUUUUAUAAAUGGAAAUAUGGAAUGCACCGGCCCAACCCCUCAAUAAAUAUUGACCGGUCCCUAAUGCACGAAAUAAUUCAAUUAUUGCUCUCUUCAACUGAAUUAAUGAUAUCAUUAAUUCAAUUGGUGUGCGUAAUAAUUCUUUUAGAGAGAACAACGGUCUAAUUAAAGAUGUCGCUAAUUCAACAUAUCCACCAUUGAUUUAAUGCUCUCUUUGAUUGAAUCGUUGCUGUCUUUAAAAUAACUGAUGCAUGCAUUAAUUCUUUAUAUUAAAUCGUUGUUAGUAAUCAUCUUCCAUUGAUUGAAAGAGAUCAUUUAUACCGAGCUCCAAAUUAAAUUUUGCGCGCAAUAACUUCACCACAUUGAUAAGAGCAAUGAUUUAAUUGAUGCGCGUAAAAUUUAAAAGAUCACGAUGUUGACUUUUCAGAUACUGUCAGGAAAUGGCAUUAACAUAUCAGAAUUAAAAUAUGUAGAAAUGACAAGUCGACAUAAUCAUCUGACAAGUCGACACAAUCAUCUGACAAGUCCACAUAAUCAUCUGACAAGUCCACAUAAUCAUCUGACAAGUCCACAUAAUCAUCUGACAAGUCGACACAAUCAUCUGACAAGUCGACAUAAUCAUCUGACAAGUCGACACAAUCAUCUGACAAGUCCACAUAAUUAUCUGACAAGUCGACGUAAUUUUCUGAAAAGUGAUGACAGAAACAUGCCACCAUAAUAUGAAAGCAAGCAUGAUAUACGAUGUUAUGUACAUUUGUAGUUUAAAAAUAUUGAUUAAUGGAUUAACAAGGUUAUUAAAUGCUUGAGCUAGAUUAACAUAUUACCCUCGACCAAGCGCUCACAAUUUUAAAAAUGACAGUGUAUAGGUGGAAGUACACACAUGGAGCAGAAGACAAUUGCGGAGAUACGACGCCUUAUCACACCUCCUGCAGGUAUCGAGGAUGUGUUGACGGCUUUCUUAUUACUGCUGGACUACCCACCCGAUGACGUAAACGGUUGGAAUAAAUGUCAGACGAUUAUGUCGAGGUCUGGGGACAAAUCCGUUAUGACGAAGGUGUCCCGCUUCGAUCCCCUUUACUGCUCCCCGAAAAAGGCCCAGAAGUCUGCAGAUAUGAUAGCCCCCUAUACUCUGGAAAUCAUCAGGAACAAAAAUCUCCACGCUGCCAAAAUAUACGAAUGGACGAAGUCCAUGAUAGAGCAGGUGAAAGUUAGCGGUGGACUUCAGAUAUAAUUUUUACAACAGUGGGUAAAAUCAAAUGACUUGAGACCAACCUGAACAUCAGCGACUGAAUUAGUGCUUUUGAUUUGAAGGGAAACCACAGCUUAUGAUGUUAAUAGUUCAGCAAUCGGAACAUCACUCGGCCUAUUCCGGAGAAUAAACUCCAGAAUAGGCCGAGUGAUGUUCCGAUUGAAUAGUUCGGAACGAACGCUAAGCAAAGAAUAUUUUGAAAUUGUACAUUCAUAUACCAUCAUAACUUUCGUUGUGUGAACUCCACGUGUAAAUAAAAAAUGA